AUGGCGCCCACUGCCUCAGCUGACUCCUCAGUCGAAGCUCGACCCGCAGCGCAGACGAUGGCGACGUUCUCUUCCUCCACAUCUAGCUCCGCAUCGAUGGCUCGAUCCAGCUCAGCUCCCGGCGGAUAUGAAGAGCUGCCUCUUUUGCAAAUCGUCUACGCAUCAUCCUCGCCCGAGCGCAGCCCCGCUGCUGCCAGCGUUGAGCAGAUUCUUCGCACAUCCAGACGAAACAACGCAGCAGAGGACAUUACCGGCCUCCUCCUCUUUCACGACGGUAGCUUUGUUCAAUUCCUCGAAGGUCCUGCUGCCAAUGUGAAGCGCGUAUACGAGCGUAUCAGAAAGGACGAUAGGCACAGAGGUGUCAUCGAGAUUUUUAGCGCGUCCGUCGCCAAGAGGAGCUUUGCGGAUUGGAGCAUGGCGUACAGAGACUUGAGCGCUGCUCGUCAAGACGAACAGUCACCUGAAGAUGCCAAGAGGGUGGCAGGUGAACUCAGUCACAUUCUAGACUCACCGGAACCCAGGUGAGUGCUACCUGUUGUUCGCAGCUUGCAGCUCCGCGAACAGAGAUACGGGAGGACGCGUGAAGCGAUGGCGCGCGCGUGGAUGCCCAUCCUCGUUCCCUCUGAAACGCAGAGGCCGACCCGGGUCACUAAAUGGACAAUAUUUUUAGGCUCGCUUGCCGCAUUAUCAGAGUCUAUUUGUCUGACGCACUCGUCGCUCCCUCCCAGUUUGACCCCGGACAUGUCUCCCAAGAUUCGCCGCUUGAUCGGCACUUUUCACCGGCUGUUGUCGACUUGA